GUUUAUUUCACUCUCUAAUAGCUCCCAGGACUCGGAUAGAGGCCCCCCUAAAAUCGAAUCGAAUCGGAACCCUAAAACAGCGAGGCAACAAAAGAAGACGACCACGACUGAGCUCCGAUCAUGGCCUUCUCUUCCCGUCUCUUAUCCAAGUCCAGACAGGUGUGCGGCAAUGGAGUCGUUCUCCGGCAGGAGCGUGUUAUUCCGGUCCGUCACUUCGCCGACGAAGCGAAGUCUCCUCCUCGCCCAGUUCUCAAGGGUGACGAGAUGCUGAAGAACAUUUUUCUGGAUGUCAAGAAGAAGUUUGAGGUUGCACUCGGCAUACUGCGCACGGAGAAGAUCACCAUUGACCCCAAGGAUCCAGCUGCUGUGUCUCAAUACGCCAGGGUCAUGAAGACUAUAAGAGAGAAGGCGGGCUUGCUCGAUGAAUCCGAACGUAUCAAAUAUACUAUUGAAGAACGCACACGAGAUAUCCCAGAUGUCAGAAGUUAUUUUUUGGCACUGAAGGAGAUUAGGAUCAGGAGAGGUCUCACUGAUGAACUCGGUGCAGAGGCUAUGAUGGAUGAUGCAUUGGAGAAAAUUGAAAAGCAACUGAAGAAACCUCUUUUGAGGUCAGAUGAGAAUGGAAUGGCUCUUCUCCGGGCAGAGUUUGCCGUAAUAAACAAAAAGCUUGGAAUUCGGCCUGAAGAUCUACCAAAGUAUGCAGAAGAACUAGAACUUAAGAAAGCCAAAGCACAACUGGAGGAACUUGAGAAGGAGGCUCUUGAGGCAAUGGAAACUCAAGCAAAGAGGGAGGAAUUUAAAGAUGAGGCAAUGGUUGAGGUAAAGUCUUUGGACAUGCGGAACUUCAUGUAAGGAUGACAUUGUUUCCAAUUUCUUGUUUUGAGGUUCAACCCAAUGAUGUUAGAUCUGGAAAACUGCCAACUAUUAUAGGGUAUGGCGAACUUGCCCUCCUGUUUAAUAAGGCCAUAUUGGUUUCAAAUGCAGUUUUGUUCAUUUAUCCGAUUAUGUAAUUUUCUGGUUUUGUUACGGUGCCAGGUUAAUGCAUUAUAUAAGUCACUUGACCGUUACUCA